AUGGGUGAUGAGAAAGGUGAGAAGAAAGAAACCAGUGUGGUGAACGAGAAUAUUGAGAACAAUGACGAGAAGACGAAGAAACCGAACAAGAAGGGGUUUAUUUCGCGAAUAUGGAACGCGAUGUUCAGGUCCAAACGCGACGAUUUUGAGAAGAGGCUUCAGUGUAUCACCAAAGAAGAAAACGCCGUCGUUGCGAGAAUGAGCACUAGAUCUCGCACUUGGAGGCGAACCUCUCGCCAGCUUAUUUUAUUCUCCGUUCUGUUCGAGGUCAUUGCUGUAGGUUAUGCUAUUAUGACAACAAGAUCAAUGGAUAUGGAUUGGAAAAUGAGGGCAGUUCGCGUUUUGCCAAUGUUUCUUUUGCCUGCGCUGUCAACUGCUACAUAUUCAACAUUUGUCAGCUUCACAAGGAUGUGUGAUCGCAAGGACCAGAAAAUUCUUGAAAGGCUUAGAGCCGAAAGAAAAGCAAAAAUUGAUGAACUCAAAGAAAAGACAAAUUAUUACAUUACUCAACAACUCAUUCAGAGAUAUGACACGGAUCCGGCAGCAAAAGCAGCCGCUGCAACUGUUUUAGCAUCAAAGUUGGGUGCAGAUUCUGGUUUGAACGUGUAUGUGGGGGAUGAAUCUUCUGGUGCUCCAACAGGGAAGACCAAGGAUGUUGAAGUUGUGCAGUCAGGUGGACUUCGAAAUCGCAAACAAGUGAACUCUAAAUCCACUACUCCAGGGACAAAUACACCAAAUUAUUCUGAUCAACAAUUAGUUGGUGGUGGUUAUGGGAAAAUUGAUCCAACUCAAACUCCUGAGCAUAAUAAGCUUGUAGUUGUUGAACAUCAUCCUCAAACUUCAACAAUGAAUGAUGGAGGAUGGAUUGCUCGAAUUGCAGCAUUGCUUGUGGGUGAGGAUCCAACGCAGUCUUAUGCACUCAUAUGUGGUAAUUGCCAUAUGCACAAUGGUCUUUCUCGAAAGGAGGAUUUCCCAUUCAUUACUUAUUAUUGCCCACAUUGUCACGCCUUGAACAAACCAAAGCAUUCGGAUGAGAAUAUAUCUGGUUUAAGUCUCCCAAACACUGGGUCUCCAAAAACGGAUGAUGGCGAAGAAGUUAAAAAAGUUGGUGCUUCUGCAGCUGACAGCUUAAUUGGAAGCGAUAGUCCUGUAAAAACUAUCCCUGAGGUUGAGGAAAUAUCUGACCAGGCUAUUUCAGGGGAAGAAAGCUAG